GCAACAUGGCGGCGCCCGCGGAGCCGCGCUGAGGCGGGAGGGUGGCGGUGGUUCCUCUUCGUCCUUCGUCGCGAUGUGGCGCGGCUGUCGCCAGCUCUUGUGGGGUCGCUCCCCGCUCGCCCGUUUCCCCCGUCCGCCUCCCGCUGCUGCCGGGAGAGGCCCGGUGGGGUCGGGCGGGGGUCGGGCUUACGCCCCGCCGGCAGAGAGGAAGCGGUUUUACCAGAAUGUGAGCAUCUCUCAAGGAGAAGGCGGCUUUGAAAUAAACCUGGACCACCGAAAGCUGAAAACGCCCCAGGCCAAGCUCUUCACUGUCCCCAGCGAGGCCUUGGCCAUUGCAGUGGCAACGGAGUGGGACUCCCAGAAGGACACCAUCAAGUUCUACACUAUGCACCUGACCACGCUGUGCAACACGGCCCUGGACAAUCCCACGCAGCGAAACAAAACGCAGCUGAUCCGUGCGGCCGUGAAGUUCCUGGAGACUGACACCAUCUGCUAUCGUGUGGAGGAGCCACCUGCCUUGGCAGAGCUGCAGAAGAAUGAAUGGGAUCCUGUUGUCGCCUGGGCUGAGAAAAGGUACAACGUGGCAAUUGGCUCCUCGACCAGCAUCCUGGGGCCAAAUAUCCCAGCCAGCACCAAGGAGACCUUCGUCAGCCACCUGGCAUCCUACAACAUGUGGGCCCUGCAAGGUAUAGAAUAUGUAAUCACCCAGCUGAAAUCUCUGAUUCUGUCCAUGGGACUGAUUGACAGGCACAUUACAGUAGAGAAAGCUGUGCUUCUCUCUCGCCUGGAGGAAGAAUACCAGAUUCAGCGGUGGGGCAACGUGGAGUGGGCCCAUGACUAUGACCUGUGCGAGCUGCGUGCUCGCGCGGCGGCUGGGACUCUCUUUGUUCACCUCUGUUCGGAGAGCUCGACCGUAAAACACAAGCUGUUGCAGGACUGAGGCUGCUGGGCUGGGCACAGGAGGAGAAUGUCCAGCUGUGAACUGCUAGUGUGACCCAGGGGACGGUAACCACCCUCCUGUCACCACGGCAUGACCCAGGGGAUGGUAACCACCCUCCUGUCACCACACCUUCCCUGGGAUCAGCCUGGUGCUGAGGAGCUGUGGCUUUGUGGGCAUCUCCUCGCUUGGACUGCCUGCUGCAGUGCAGCGCCAGCAGUUUUGAGCCCAGAAGGAGGAAAGGUCAAGGUGAGCUUCCUCUGCAUCCCCGAGACAGCAGCUCUGUCCAUUCCCGGUGUCUGGAGCUCAUCAGAGGAGCUCCCAUGAAAGAAACAGCUUCCUGGGCAGGGUGCGGCACAGACAUACCCAGCAUAUGCCACAUGUCUUCAUAGCUGCCAGCUCCUGACACACACUUGUUAUGGAAAUCUGAAAACAGACUCCAUUGCAUCUGUUCUUCAUCCCUCAGUGUGCCUGUAUGUAACACCAGGGUCUCUCCGUUUGAUUAAAGGCACGCCCCUGCGAGAUACUGAAAGCCAA